CUUCCCUUUGGUUCCUUAAAAAAAAAAGUUUGCGGAACUGAAGUUUAUUUACUGAGCUGGAGUGGAGAAAAAUCAAAACGUAGAACGAAAGUCACGAGUUUGUUUUCUUSUAUUUUUCGUAUCUAAAUAGAUGGACCUCAAGCCAGAGAAAAUACAGCGGAUUCUCUCCAAGUACAAGUUUCAUGAUGUGGCUUURGAGGAGCUGCAGAAAAUCCACCGAGUCUUCCCUGAGAUGAGACCCUCCACAGGCACAUACACGUUCACCGACAGCAGCCAGAAAGAUCUCCUGAAAUUAACCGGCGUCAUUCCUGUAAAGUAUGACGGUCGCUCCUACAACUUCCCCAUCCAGCUGUGGCUUCUGGACUCGUUUCCCUUCACUCCUCCCAUAUGUCUGCUGAAACCCACCUCGAACAUGGUCAUCAGAGAGGGCAAGCACGUGGACGCCAGAGGACGCAUCCACCUGCCAGGACUUCACACCUGGGACUACCCCAAGUCCUCGGUUGUUGGUCUUCUGAAGGAGAUGAGUGUCAAGUUUGAGGAGGACCCGCCGCUGGCCACAAAAACCGCAACAGACAACAAAGACCCCCAUGAGCUCCUGGCGUUUGUCUCUAAUCUCAAGCUCAGUGACGGUGGAACUAGACCUCAGGAUAAUCAGCCAAUCAAAGUCUCAGUAAUUGGAGGAGGAGAUUUAGGAAUGGCAAGCGUGAUGAGCAUUUUAUCAAAGUGUAAUGUGGAUAAACUUGUUUUCAUUGACGUUGCUGAAAGCUCCACCAAAGGUGGCAGCACGGACCUGGAGAUUUUCAAUGUGCCGAAGGUGAAGGUAUCUAAAGAUUUCUCAGCCUCGGCAGGCUCCAGGGUUGUGGUGGUGACGGCGAACGCUUGGAGCGGCGAGCAGUCGUACGUCAGCGUGGUUCAGACUAACGUGGAUCUCUACAGAACAAUAAUCCCAAAACUGGCCCAUCUCAGCCCUGCUGCUGUUAUGCUCAUUGCAUCACAACCAGUGGACAUCAUGACCCAUGUWGCCUGGAGACAAAGUGGCCUGCCUCCAACACACGUGAUUGGAGCAGGUUGCAAUCUGGACUCAGAGCGUCUGAGUUACGUUCUGGAUAUUAAUCUGAAURCGCACAAACCUGCGUGGGUCAUAGGAGAACAGUCCGACAACAAAGUGUCUGUGAUGAGUAAUGUUGGGCUGAGUUCCAACGGAGCGCUUGAGAUCGCACCAGGAUCCGGUUCUACCAAACCACUCUUAGACAGAGCGUUUGAGCUCAUAAAGAAUCGAGGUCAAAGGUCAUGGUCUGUGGGCCUUUCCGUUGCUGACAUCACCAACAGCAUCUUGACAAAUAAGAUGAAGCCGCACUCCGUCUCCACACUGGCUCAGGGCUGGGGAGGCAUAGGUGCAGAGGUGUUCCUGAGUCUGCCUUGCGUUAUGGGGGCAAACGGGUCCACGCGCCUGGCCGGAGUGUCUCUGGGACAGGAGGACGCCAAACUCCGAGAAAGCGUCGGCUCUCUUUCAGACCUCAUGAGUCAGCUCAGGAUAUGAACGUUAUGAAGGGUGCGGGAGCCGCUGCUGCAAAAUGACACGGUUACUCUCAACAUGUAAUUAAACUCAAGGCUUAUUUUUAUGAAGGAUGGACUGUACAAACACCAAAGUUAAGUUAUAAGAAAUAAUCGCUUAAAGAUGUAAAAAAACACUAAUAUAAGAAAUUUAGUUGUAAAAUAACACGACUUAAAGGUGGUUUAUUUUGCAUUUUGUCUUGUUACAUGAAUGUACUGUUAUUUUUUCUAUGGAAUUUUCAGCAAAACCUAUUAAAGCAAUUUGCAUUUUUAAGCACUUAUCUAGAAGAUUAAAUACUUUUGUACAAAUUUGCUUUUUGAGAAAAUCAAGAUAUAGGCUGUUGUGUAAUUUGCAGUACAGGGUGCUAGCUUUAAAUCAUUGUAAGGCUUAGUAUUAGUUUCCUAAUUAAAAUGUUUCUAAAAGCCUCGUUUGCUCUGAUUAAUGCAAAACCCCCUUUA